CGGGAAUGCAUUUAAAUUAAAUCGUCAAGCCUAAUGGACAUCAUCAGUCAUGCGAUUUUACCUCUAUGUUUCUUUGGCAUUACUUUGUGAAAUAUAUUGUAAUACUGUAGUGAAAAAGCUUAGCGAAAAUGCUCUCAGUGCAUUAUUAGAAAAGUUAUUAAAAGGAACUGUUCGCAAUGACGAAACUAAGGCAGAUGCUGCAAAAAAUAGUUCCAUAGCAAUACAAGAAUCAUCUAAGAUACUAGAAAAUAAGUUAAUAGCGCCUUUCCAAAUUGAUAACUUGGCAAAUACGGAGAGUUAUGUAACUUCAAGAAAAGAUACUGCAAAUUCUAGUAUGAACUUAACUAAACUUCCAAAUUUUAUAGCGGGAUUACAUUCUGACAAUAGUGAAAAAACAAAUCAAGAAAGGUUUUAUACAGAGUAUAUUAUCGACGAAGUUUAUGAAGAAGUUGAAACAAAAACAGAUAAUUCUUUAAAAUCAAAACAUUUAGAAGAGUCCAUCAGUAGCACCACCGAAGAUAGCAACUUCAGGAGAAUGCUAUCUGAAAUCAGCAACAUAAAUAAGGAAAUACAAAAUCUCAAAAAAGAUCCAAAACAAACACACAUACGAGCCGAAAUUGAUGGUCACCGAAGUUUAUACAUUCCUCAAGUUCAUCCCAUAUCAACUCACUCACUAGACAUUGUUCAAGCCAACAGAAUUCAAAACCCACAAGCAAAUAAUAUAGUAAUAAAUCAUAUGCCUGCCAUUCUUACACAUGGACAGAAUGGAGCUUUAGUCGGCCAAACCAGUGGACUGGUACUACAUAGCUUCCAACCAUUAAUUCAGCGAAGGAAAGUUGUCUUAUACCACAAUAACAAUCCAAAAGUCAUUCCAUCUUGCUCAACAUGCAAACCAAUGAUUACAACAUUUAAUCAUCAAAUUUAUCCACGAAUAGGAAUUUAGCAGCAAUCCACAUAAGUUCAGUGUUAAUUAUGUCGUACUUUUGUAGUGGUUAGUUAAGCUUUAGUCACCGGCAGCUAGUUAGCAACUUGUGAUGCUGAAACACAAAGAAACAAUUCACAAUCACAGUCUAACUAGCAAACAGCGAGAAAACACGAUCAAACCGAACUUCAAACUCCGAAAGAUAGGUAUAUCAUGUGUUUUGUGAUGAAUUUGCUGUUUAGUACACUAUACCUUUAUUUCAUAUAAUUGUAAAUGUGGUCGGCAUAAGAGUUUCGUAAAUUCUUUUAGGUAAACUUAUGUCAAAUAAAUUCAAUAA